AUGGAUUUACAGUUUCACGAAUGGGUCGGCUUGGGUGGGAAGAUUCAGUUGUAUUUCCUCUUCCGACCAGUGCUUUCUGUAGGAAAGAAUGCCACUAGGUUUUCUUACCCUGACAUCGACUCGAUACUAUUUAGAUUGCAGCAUCUUUAUGCAUCUGGAUUCAAAGUGAAGCUCCUCUCUUUUUUCCACCUCUCAGCCGUUGCCUUUCUGGCCUCUGUAUUGGGGCCAAGAGUGGCUGCAGCCUGUGCACAUGCUUCCUUGGCCUCCUUAUCUAAGGACAAUUGUGAGGGAGGGAGUCAUCAGGGGAAAAACACAAAUUGUAGUAAGAAAGAAGAUAUAAUUGGAGGACAAAGUCAUUCGAGUCAACAGGAUGUAGAGACUUCUCCAUUAUCAGCUGAAAGUGUGAAAGCUGCUGCUGAAGCUGGUCUUGCUGCUGCAGCUACGAAAGCGAAGCUCUUCGCUGAUCAUGAAGAACGUGAAAUUCAACGGUUAUCUGCUAAUAUUGUAAAUCAUCAGUUGAAGAGAUUAGAGCUUAAGCUGAAGCAGUUUGCAGAAAUUGAGACCUUACUGAUGAGAGAAUGCGAUCAGAUGGAAAGAAUGCGGCAGAGGUUGGCUGCAGAACGGGGCCUCAUGAUGUCAGCACAGUUUGGAUCUGCUGGAGGAUCUCGAGCAAUGGGCCCUCCUGUUGGUUCAGCCAUUAUAAAUGAUAAUUCAGGAAAUAGGCAGCAAAUUAUUUCAGGCUCCCAACCCUUUGUUUCCGGGUUUGGCAAUAACCAACCAGUGAAUCCCCAUACAUCGCUUACGCAACAAGGAAUGUAUGAUCUUGGGCCCCGGCUGCCACUUUCAGCUAUACGCCCGUCUUCUUCAACCCCGAGUGCACUGUUUAAUCCUGGAAAUUCCCAGCCGUCUCUCAGUCAUCCGAUGCUUAGACCUGUAUCCAGGACUAAAACUGGGUUAGGUUAAAAUGAAAGCUAGUGGUUCAUCGGGAUAUUCUUGGAUUAAUUUGAUGUCCAUUCUCUUGCUUUCUGCACUAAAAAGAGGUGAAGAGAGGGAUUCAUAAAAAUAGAUUGGAGUUGCUGAGGCUGGGCUGUAUGAGCUUGGAAGCAAGGCCUGGGUCCGACUCAGUGUGGUUGGUUAAGCCGAUUGUUUGCUGGUGAAGCCAUGUUUUUGUUAUAAACUUGAAUUUCAUUCAGGAAUUUCUCCAGUAGAAUCUAGGAAUCUACCGUACUCUUGAACUGUACAGAUGGUAACAAUGUUAAAGAAAACAGCAAUGUGCUUUUUAUUAAAUCUGAGAUCUUUACUCUCCAUAUGGGGAAGUGCUACAGGAAUUCAUUGGAUCAAUAA